AGCUCCUGCAUGGACAAGCACAUUCCCUGCGGCUCAUUUGGGGGUUUAGACUUCCCCUCUGCAGCUCCAAGUCCUUCAGACCCGAUUUACAUCUCGCUGCACCCGCAAGGAACGCGGAAGAGAUGUCGGGUGAGAGCGUGGUGAGCUCAGCAGUGCCGGCGGCUGCGACGCGCACGACGUCCUUCAAGGGGAGCAGCCCCAGCUCCAAGUACGUGAAGCUGAACGUGGGGGGGGCCCUGUACUACACCACCAUGCAGACCCUGACCAAGCAGGACACCAUGCUCAAGGCCAUGUUCAGCGGGCGCAUGGAGGUGCUCACAGACAGUGAAGGCUGGAUCCUGAUUGACCGCUGUGGGAAGCACUUUGGGACGAUCCUGAACUACCUGCGGGACGGGGCCGUGCCGCUCCCGGAGAGCCGCCGCGAGAUCGAGGAGCUGCUGGCUGAGGCCAAGUACUACCUGGUUCAGGGGCUGGUGGAUGAGUGCCAGGCAGCCCUGCAGAAUAAGGACACGUAUGAGCCCUUCUGCAAGGUCCCGGUGAUCACCUCCUCCAAGGAGGAGCAGAAGCUGAUUGCAACCUCCAACAAGCCAGCAGUGAAGUUGCUCUAUAACAGAAGCAACAACAAAUAUUCCUACACCAGCAACUCUGAUGACAACAUGCUGAAGAACAUUGAGCUCUUUGACAAGCUGUCCCUGAGGUUCAACGGGAGGGUGCUGUUCAUCAAGGAUGUCAUUGGGGAUGAGAUCUGCUGCUGGUCCUUCUACGGGCAGGGCCGCAAGAUCGCCGAGGUCUGCUGCACCUCCAUCGUUUAUGCCACCGAGAAAAAGCAGACCAAGGUGGAGUUCCCAGAAGCCCGGAUUUACGAGGAGACCCUGAACAUCCUGCUGUACGAGUCCCAGGACGGCAGGGGGCCGGACAAUGCCCUCCUGGAAGCCACGGGAGGGGCUGCAGGGCGUUCCCACCACCUGGAGGAGGACGAGGAGCGGGAGCGCAUCGAGCGCGUGCGCAGGAUCCACAUCAAGCGCCCCGACGACAGGGCCCACCUGCACCAGUGAGCCUGGGGAGGAGGGGCUGCCCUGCAGCAGGACCAGGCAGGGCAGUUCCUGCCCAGCACACUCUGUAAAUUGGGAUUUGUAACAAACUCUAGGUUAUUUGGGGUAUUUAAAUGCAGUAGUUGUAGGGCGAGGAUCAGCGAGGUUACUGGGCAGCCUGGAAGGGCCUGUUGAGCAGCUGGAGAAAUGCCCAGAAUUUUUAGCACUCUUGUCGUUGCUGUUUUGUGCUGGAGAGGAGGAGGAGGACUGGCUUCCUCUGGCUUUGAUAAUGAUCCUGCACUUUAAAACCAAACCAACAAACAAAAGGUCAGCCAGCUACCCUCCUUCCCUCCAGGCACUCCCUGACCCUCCUGGGCUGGGGGGGGAAAGGCAAGGACCUGGACCCAAGGCUGCUGGGAGAGAGCUUGGGAGUGCCUUGGGUGACUCCCCAAAGAACAAAUGGCACAGGCUGAUGAGAUUCCUGGACUGCUGGGGGCAGAAGGACCCCUCAGAGCAGUGGGAGGGAGCAGGGGCUGCUCCCUCAGGUUCCCCACAGCUCUCAGGAUCUGCUUCUCCAAGGGUUCAGUGGAGCCUCUGCAGCACUGAGCUGGGGACACCCAUCCCUGUUUUAUCCCUACGGUUCAAGGUUAAAAUUCCUCCUGAAGGAAGAGAAUCAGGAGCAAAUUGUCCACGGUUGCUUUCCCUAGGAGUAGUGUUGGUACUGGUGAGUGCUCAGAGCCUGAGCCUCUCAGGUACCAGGAGUCACAGCAGGGUCAAUCCCUCCAUGCUGGGGGGUGUUGGUGGGGGGCAGAGCCCUGGUUCCCCUCUGGAACUGAUGCAGGAGCGUUGCCUUGCUCUGAGGGGAAACAGAAGCAGGCAGUGACCCAGAGGCAGAUAUUCCCUGUGUUCCAACUCUUCCCAGCCAUGGCAGCUGCGUGUGGAAGGGCAGAGCAUGGAGAAGGCCAUUGCACUGUGGUUUUCUACAAGUGCUUUUCUCUUGUCAAUGAAUAUUUUAUCUACCUCCUUGUCUCCUGUUGCCUGUUGUGGAGUCAAGUGGCAGAUGGUGGGAGGUGGGGUGUCAUUCCAUAGGGCUGGCAGCAGAGCCACAGCUGUGACACUUCAGGUCACCAGUCCUGGGAGGAAGAGAGAAACCUGAGGUAGGAAGUGUUAAACUUGCACUGCAGCAGCACCAGUGGGUGACACCAGAGCACUCUGCCCUGGGCUAGAGUUUCUUUUGACCCUUUCUCUGGAAUAUUUAGCACUGGCUUUAACAGCCACACUCCUCUGGAGCAGCAGCUCUGUGUUCCUGCUCCUGGCUCAGGGCUGCUAAGGACAUGGGAACAGUGUAAAAACCCAAGGUGCUGCAGCAGCACCAGCCACGUUCUUCUGUUCCACAGAGCUCGUUGGUAGAGGCUUAAACACACCAUGAAGUGGCUGUACAAUUUUGGAUCAUCAAGUAAAGCUCAAAGAUUUCCAAUUUAAUCUGAGGCCAUCUUUCUAGUAACCAAAGACUUCUCCACACUGCUGCUGGCUGUGGCAGGUGGGGGUGUUGUAUUUGUCUCCUCUCUUUCUCCUGCAGCUGCUGAUUGUUCACUGAGAGCUCCACAGUCUCCCUGGGGUUCAGCAGCUUCAACUCCGUCCUGAGGCCUCAGGGCUUCCAGUUUGAGUCGUUUUUACACCUGUUUGCAGCACCCU